UUAUCCACUAUCUAGUACGUCUUAAAUUUCUAGAUGAGGUGGUUUAACAUCUAUAUAUACGGACAAGUUGACAAACUUUUCUCUGUAUUUCAAAAAAGAAACAAAGAGGAGGAGAAGGGGUGUGAAAUUCAAGGAAAAGAGGUUGAAUCAAGAAAGAGUUACAGAAGAAGAGAAUUAAGAACAAAGGAUAAUAUGGGGAGACCUCCUUGCUGUGAUAAAUUGGGAGUGAAGAAAGGGCCAUGGACUCCUGAAGAAGACAUAAUGUUGGUUUCUUAUGUUCAAGAACACGGCCCCGGGAAUUGGAGGGCCGUUCCCACAAUUACCGGAUUGAGAAGAUGCAGUAAAAGUUGCAGGUUAAGGUGGGCUAAUUAUCUCCGGCCGGGGAUCAGAAGGGGUAACUUCACUGAUCAUGAAGAGAAAAUGAUUAUUCAGCUUCAAGCUCUUUUAGGCAACAAAUGGGCUGCCAUUGCAUCUUACCUUCCAGAGAGAACAGAUAAUGACAUUAAGAACUAUUGGAAUAUCCAUUUGAAGAAGAAGCUUAAAAAGCUUGAGGCACCUGAAAUUCCUAAUGGAUUCAUUCCCAGAGGGCAAUGGGAAAAGAGGCUUCAAGCUGAUAUAAGCACAGCCAAACAAGCCCUUGAGGAUGCAUUAUCAUAUGAAAACACCAUCCAAGGAUUCACCUAUGCUUCCAGCACUGAAAACAUAGCCAGACUGCUCAAAAAUUGGAAUCCUCCAAAAUCUGAACAAUCUUCAGUUUCUUCUUCAACUACCCAGAAUUCAUUUAUCAACAACCACACAAGUUCUUCGAAUUCUCCUGAGGUUCAAGAUGAAACCAAACCUGACUCGGCCCCGUUAUCAAUGCUGGAGAAUUGGUUGCUUGAUGAAAGUGCAAUUCCAGGGACUGAUCUGUUGUUUGAUGAAAAUCCACAACCAUAUUAGAAGAAUUAUUAUUUGGCCGGUUUUUACCUAGCUAUAAAUAUGCAAACUCAAAUUUUAAUUGAAUUUUUGCACAAGGAUAUCAAGCUUUUUUUUUUUU